AUGGCUUCGCAGUUUCUGGCGGCGGCAGCCGAGAGGAUCGGACCGGCAGCGAGGCGUCAAGCCGUCAGCUUAACGGACGCGGCGGCGAGUCGUAUACGGCAGCUUCUGGAGCAGCGCCGGCGGCCCUAUCUCAAGCUCGGCGUCAAGGCUCGUGGCUGCAACGGCUUGUCUUACACUCUCAAUUACGCAGAUGAUAAAGGGAAGUUCGACGAGUUGGUUGAGGACAAGGGUGUGAAGGUAUUGAUCGAUCCAAAGGCGCUCAUGCACGUUAUAGGAACCAAAAUGGAUUUUGUAGAUGACAAACUCAGGUCUGAGUUUGUAUUUAUAAAUCCCAACUCUAAAGGACAGUGUGGUUGUGGAGAAUCCUUCAUGACAACAGGUGGUAGUGGAGCUACUAAGAAGGUUUAA